AUGGCACCAGUUCACAAAAUAAUUGUAAAGGAAGCCGAACCUGUGCUAUCCUCCGAGGAUGUGUAUUGCGUUUGUCGCCAGAGCCACAGCAACGGAUUUAUGAUAUGCUGUGACAAUUGCAACGAGUGGUUCCACGGAGAUUGCAUCGGAAUGCCCGAAGAUAUCGGGAUACAGCACGACACCUUCUACUGCGGCGAAUGUUGCCGCAGAAAUCCUCUAUUAAAGAGCACCUAUAAGGCGAACCCACCAAGCACAGCCAGAGCUCAGAGGGACUCGGAUCCCAUGCCGAAAACUCCAAAAAAGGCCAGAAUUAUCAAUUCAGCCGGGGUCAGACAGCGACCCCGCAGGAAAUCCACGUUUAUCCCGGAGCCUGCGGAGGCGCCCCUUCCGAAAACUCCUGCACCAAAGACUCCAAAACGUCGCGGUAAAUCCAGCAAGACAGAGAUCCAGGAAGCAGUGAAGGUGGUGGAUGGUGUUAAAGAAAAACCCGAUAAGCCAACUGCAGUAGAUCAAAGACCAAAGAGAACUGCGAAGAAAAAGGAUCCAAAGCCAGUGGAUGAAUUCACAGAGGAUGAUCCAAAACCGGCUAAAAAAGAUAAAAAGUUAGAUCUGAAACCACUCGAAAAGACCUUCGAAUCGAAGGGAAUUCAAUGCGACUUGCUUAAAGAGUUGGCACAGCAAGUUCCCAAGCCAUCCGGCAAAAAGAAGGGCACGUGCUUCACAGCCUUUUGCAACCUAAUCGCACGACCCGAUUCCAGAUACUGUUGCGAUGAGUGUGGCAACUUCACCGCCCUCACAAACGCAUUCGCCAUACACCUUUUGCCCAUUAUAUCGAAUGAUAAGCUGGCAAAGACUUACGUUAGCUACAUGGUAAGUGACUCUAAAAACAAUCACAAGUCAAAAGAAAAAUCACAGUCUACUGAGCCAGAAGUGGAAAACGAAUCGAGGGCAAAAGGGGCAAGGGCGGAAAGAAGGAAAUCGAGAUAUCGUAGUCCUAGCAAUAGUUUGGCAAAAGGCCCAGAUCUUCGCAAGACUCCAGCUAAAAAACCGAAGCUCCCAGAAGAACUGUCUUCAUCAAGGUCUAGAAGCUCACGGAAGUCAGUGGCAGAACCUCGAGACAUCACUCCAUCUGACUCGGAGUCACAACAAAACUCUAGGCAUAAGACUGCCAAGGACUCGAGGACUAGUUCCAAGCGAAUUUAUUCAAAGACUCCUUGUGAAGACUCCAAGUCCUCCAGGUCUUAUAGGAAUGCAUCUAAAACAGCACCCAAUAGUCCUGUCGCUCAAAAGAAAACUUCUAAACAAAAACAUGCCACUCAGUCACCACCAGUCCAGAAAAGAGUGGGCAGAAAACGAAAGUUGUCUGCGGAUGUUGCAUCCACUUAUGAAUCAAAAGCGCCUCAAGUUAGUCGUACGGGAAGUACGGAGUCUACUUCUAGAAGUAGGAAUCCUGUGCCGUCGACAUCGAACCAAAAAAAAAGAAAACAGUCAUUUAGUGAAGCGAUAAGCUACGAUACAACAUUUGAGAACAGCGAGAAAAUCAAGACAAUUAGCUGCAUAGUGUCCAAUAUGGUGCCCAAGGAGAAGGCCUUGUUGGCCAGGAAGAGGAUGAUGAAGAAGUUGAGCUCGGAGCAGCAGCCGCGACAGCCACCAGGUGACUUACAGAAGGAAACACGAAAUGGACAUUCGUUGAAGAUAUUAAAUACUUGA